GGUCCCUCCUCCCGUCCGGGCGGCAGGGGCGGGCCGCGGGUGGGGCGGCGGCGGCCGGGCCUGGCCGGGGACUGCGGCCGGCGCCGGGACCUGGAGGGGGCUCUCGGGCCCGGGCAGCAUGUGACACCGACCAGGAUUCAGCCCUGAUGGAGGCUGAGGAGCCCCAGCCUGGAGCCUCUACUCCCAUCCCUGCCAUAGAAGAAUUCAGAAUUAUCCCUGAAGCCAUCAUGAGGAGUAGCCAAAUCCCUGCCAUGGACCUUGAAGCCCAAGAAGACCAGGACCCACCUUAUAAGUGGGCAGAGGGACAGAGACUCUUGUUGACCCAGCCAAGAGAGUUACAGGGCAUGACUGAGCAUGCAGAUGAGGGCAGGCCCUCGUUCCCAGAGGAAAGGUCUGCAGAUACAGAGACCAACCAGGAAAGCCUUGUGGCAGAGGCCUGGGAGACCCCAGAACAUCAGGAGGCAAUGCCCCAGAGCCUGGCAGACAGAGGAUCAAUAGCACCAGCUCCCCUGGAGCUCUGGAGCUGCCCCAUCGAGGGUGAACAGCUAGACAUGUUCUCAGUGUCCAGUGAAAUGGACAGCAGAACAGAGGUGGGAUUUCAGCCAGACCUCGCUUCUUUGACAUUGGGAAUUGGACAAGCAAAAGAGAAGGCAGAAACUUCUCCUGACACCUUUUGGCUUCCCUGUGAAGAGCACCCUGCAGAGACCAGCCAGACUGAGGACUCAAGAGGUGGAACUGUCAGCCAGGAGGAGCAGGAAGGUCAAGGGCGAGAGGGGCUCUUACAGCCCCAAGAGACUCAGGGGUUCGAGGAGCAGGAACAAUAUGAAAUGGGAUUUCAGGGGAAAGGGGUUCUGGGGGAGGAUGCAUGUUCUCAUGGGCUUUGUGGGGAGCAGGAACAGCUGGUGGAGCAGGUUCAUGGUAGAGAGAGAGGGCACAGGCAAAAACAGGAGCAGAUGCAAGAUGAUGGGAUGCUUGGGGGACAAGAAAGAGGAGGACUCGAUGGGGGAUUGGAGGUCCUGAACUGUGGUGAGCAGGGUCAACAGGGGAGGGAGAGGCAGGCUCAGGGUCAGGGAGGCCUAGACGAGGAGGAACAAAGGAAGAGGGAGUUGAGGGGGCCUGAAGAGAGUAGGGUGGACUCUCAGUACAUAGAGAACCUAAGCCUAGUGGGGAAGUCAGAGGAAGUAACUGGGAAGCAAGGUCAGGGUCUAAAGGGGAAAGUGAUGCGGACGGAGGAAGAUCCAGGGAGCUGGGCCGCGGGUGGGCUGGGGGCAGUGGGGAACGAGAGGAGCACCAGAGAGGAGAAAGAGCCUCGUGGUCCUUCCCCACCGGCUCGGGGAGCCCCUGUGGUCCCUUCUCCCUGUGACUUAUUUCCAGAUGCCUUGUGUCCCAUGACUCAGAUUCCUCAGACUCAGGAACUAUCCUCCAAAACUCUAAUUUCUACACGGGAGCCAAGACAUUCGCCCGAGCCCACCUCUCUACCUGACUCCUUUCCUCCCGAGGAGUCACUGGCUAAUACAAUAGCUCACAGUAGCCAGCAAGAAGGGUCUGAGCUGAAGAAGAGCACAGUAUCCGACCAGGAGACUGAGACGUUCUCUGCAUCUGUGGCUCCUCCCAGGACACCAGAGUCGGCCGCUUUCAGUCCUGCUCAAGUCUCAUCACCUGAGAGUCCCCCAGUUGGCUUUCCUAGCAGGGAGACCCCGAGAACCUCUCUCUCAGUUGACAGCCUAUCUUCCUGUGGGGCAUCAGAGACUCUCCUGGUGGCCCUUCACAGCUCCCUGCCUGCAGUGACCACCCAGGAUGGGGCCAGCCCUCACAGCCCCCCAGCCAACUGCAGCGGGACCAUCCCACACCUAAGGAGCAACUCCUUCCCGGGCUCCCACAGGACAGAGCAGACUCCAGGCCUGGUGGGAAUGUCACUUUCUUUCUCUCAUUCAGAAUUACCCCAGAGGCCCCCCAAACCUGCCAUCCCAAGAAGGGACAGAAGAAGUGGUAGGGACUUCAGCGUCAUUUCGGAAUUCCCCACUUCAUUAUCCACCCUGAGGCAGGAUUCUCAAGAACCCACAAGUCCAGAGAGACUCAGCAGUCCACACAGCAGCCAGCCAUGGGACUCUCCCCCCGAUUCAGCCCUUUCCCCAGGAUCUCCUGCCUAUGGUUCUUCCCCAUCCACUGUCUACAUGGAGAUGAGGAUCCCUGGAUCUCUUCCUCCUCCUCCCCUAGAGAAGAGUCACAUCCACUCUUCCAUGGUGGAGAACGACGGCCAUCUUCCUGCAGUGGUCCCCACACUGAAGCGACACAGCCAUCCCCCUCCAUUGUCCCUAAGUUCAGGGCUACAUGGUUUUCCUAAAGGCCCCCUUCCCCAAGUUCCUGACCCCCUUGUGGCAAGGCAACACCGACCUCUGCCAUCUACCCCAGACAACUCCCACCAUACUCAGACCUCUCUCGCCAACAGGAUGAGAUACAACAAGCCAUUACCCCCAACUCCUGAUAUGCCCCAGUCCCACCAUUCUCCCAUCUCGUCUUCCAGUAUCUCAAGGAUCUACAGACCUCUACCCCCUGUCCCCAUUAUGGAUCCUUCCACCGAACCUCCUCCAUUGCCCCCAAAAUCUAGGGGGAGGAGCAGGAGUACUCAAGGAGGACUUGUGAAUUCAGGGGGUCAAGCCAAACCAAGACCCACUGGUCAAGACUGGGCGAUCUCCACUGCCCCCUCUACUGGACGUACCUCUUGGCCCCCAGCCAUAGGCAGAUCAACAGAGUCUUUGGCUUCCACCAGUAGGAGCAAGAGUGAAGUGUCCCCUGGCAUGGCCUUCAGCAACAUGACAAACCUUUUAAGUCCCUCUUCCCCUACUUCUCCUUGGACUCUGGAGCUCCAAAGGCCCACCACCAAGGAUGAACCAGGGUUCUCAGAAGAGCCUGAGGUCCAUGCAAGAGGGCUACUGAGAAGAUCAGACCCUCAGGACGGAAGCAAUGGCCAAAGAUGGUCUACUCUCGGUCCAGCAAGGCAGCCAGAGAGGCCAAGCCAUCCCCAGCUGGAGAAAGCAUCCAGCUGGCCCCACAGGCGGGACACAGGGAUACUACCUGAGGGCAGCAGUGGACAAACUGUGGUCCAUGGCGAGGGGUCCAACAAACACAAGGGCUGGAACCGGCAAGGCCUGCGCAGACCUUCCAUCUUGCCUGAGGGCUCUGCAGUUUCAGAUUCAAGAGGUUCAGCCAUGGGAAGAUCCCCUGGCCCCACAGACACUGUGGUUUUCCGGGAGAAGAAACCAAAGGAGGCAAUAGGAGGCUUUUCGAGACGCUGCUCCAAGCUCAUCAACUCCUCCCAGCUGCUUUACCAGGAGUACAGCGAUGUCUUCCUGAACAAGGAGAUUCAGAGCCAGCAGCGGCUGGACAGCUUGGCAGAGGCCCCUGGGCUCACCUCCCCGCGGCAGCCUCGGAAGGCACUGGUGUCCUCCGAGUCCUAUCUGCAGCGCCUCUCCAUGGCUUCCAGUGGCUCCCUCUGGCAGGAAAUCCCCGUCGUGCGCAACAGUGCUGUGCUGCUCUCCAUGACCCAUGAAGACCAAAAACUGCAAGAGGCCAAAUUUGAGCUGAUUGUGUCAGAGGCCUCAUACCUGCGCAGUCUGCACAUAGCUGUGGAUCAUUUCCAACUUUCAAGCCAACUCCGGGCGACGCUGUCCAACCAGGAACACCAAUGGCUCUUCUCUCGUUUACAGGAUGUGCGAGACGUCAGCACCAUGUUCCUUUCAGACCUAGAAGAGAACUUCGAGAACAACAUCUUCUCUUUCCAAGUGUGUGAUAUAGUCCUGAACCAUGCCCCAGACUUCCGCCGGGUCUACCUGCCUUACGUCACCAACCAGACCUAUCAAGAACGCACCUUCCAAAGUCUGCUGAAUAGCAACAGCAAUUUCCGAGAGGUCUUGGACAAGCUGGAGAGUGACCCUGUCUGCCAGCGCCUUUCCCUCAAAUCCUUUCUGAUCCUGCCCUUCCAGCGCAUCACCCGUCUCAAGCUGCUUCUCCAGAACAUUCUGAAGAGAACACAGCCUGGCUCUUCAGAAGAAGCAGAGGCCACAAAGGCCCACCAUGCCCUGGAAGAGCUGAUCCGAGAUUGCAAUAAUAAUGUCCAGAGGAUGCGUCGGACGGAGGAACUGAUCUACCUGAGCCAGAAGAUUGAAUUUGAGUGCAAAAUAUUCCCACUCAUCUCACAGUCUCGCUGGCUGGUAAAAAGUGGGGAGCUGACAGCCCUGGAGUUCAGCGUCUCCCCAGGGAUGCGAAGGAAACUGAACACGCGUCCCGUCCACCUGCACCUCUUCAAUGACUGCCUGUUGCUGUCCCGGCCCCGAGAGGGUAACCGAUUCCUGGUCUUUGACCACGCGCCCUUCUCCUCCAUCCGGGGGGAAAAGUGUGAAAUGAAGCUACACGGACCACACAAGAACCUCUUCCGCCUCUUCUUGCGGCACAGCACCCAGGGCACCCAGGCUGAGUUCCUCUUCCGCACAGAGACACAAAGUGAAAAACUUCGAUGGAUUUCAGCCUUGGCCAUGCCAAGAGAGGAGUUGGAUCUGCUGGAGUGUUAUGACUCGCCACAAGUCCAGUGUCUUCGAGCCUACAAGCCCCGAGAGAAUGACGAGUUGGCACUAGAGAAGGCAGAUGUGGUGAUGGUGACUCAGCAGAGCAGCGAUGGCUGGCUGGAAGGUGUGAGACUCUCAGAUGGGGAGCAGGGCUGGUUCCCGGUACAGCAAGUGGAGUUCAUUUCCAACCCCGAGGUUCGUGCACGGAACCUGAAAGAAGCCCAUCGAGUCAAGACAGCCAAACUACAGCUGGUGGAACAUCAGGCCUAGCUAUUCCCUGUGAGGAAUCUCAUGAGCUUAAGAACAAGCUGUUCAUGGAGAUGGCUGCCUUCUGAACCCGCUGCAGAGGCUUUCUGUGGACCAAGAACUAAGCCCAAGGACAAAGCCCCGCUAACCCAGCUACUCAUCCCAGGCCUCCUUCUUCGUGCUUUGUGCUUGGUGGGGGGAUGUUGAGGGACUUCACACUGGACUCUGGGAUCCUUUUUGCAUAGGAAAAGGGCCCAAAGAGCCUGAUUCAGGGAACUUUACUUCUGCUGCCAUAUGGUCCUUAAACAUCCUCGGCUUCCAGAGUGCAGAUUUAGAGCAAGCCAAAGUGUCAAUCAUGGUCACAUGUCAACAGAAUCUGACCUCAGUCCACGGAGGACAAUGUUUAAGGGGGAAUCACACAUGAGAUGGGAAGGUCAAGCUGGUGACCUCUAAGGUGUCUUCCAACCUUAGGGUCUCCAUAAUUGUUGGUGUGAGCACAGUGCAUGUGUCUCUGAGAUGUGCAUCUCUUGGUGGCAAUGUGAGGGGGUACUCUCACUCUAAUAAACUUGGCACUUCUCUGAGUGUUUUCUUCUGACUCCUCAGACUGAACAAGCUUCCAAGUAUGGAAUCCUGUGAGAGUUCCAGCCUAGUUUUUAGUGUCAGUGUGGCAGCUGCUUUUUGACCCCUGAGAGUUUGGGCAGCUGUUCCGCUUUUCAUGGUGUCAGAGGUAGGAGAAGGAAUGAGAAGUCCUGGUGGGUAAUGAAAGCCCCAUUCAAGCCCUAGGUACUGUACCUCUAAGGUAUGGGCACUGCUAGUUUGGGUGGAUUUGGGAAAUCCUAUCCAGACCAUUCAUGAUUUUCUUAUUGUGGCUUAAAUCCUCGUGAAGGUAUCUUCCCAAAUGUUUUAACUUCUUUACGAAGGUAGCAUGGCAUUAUGCAAAGAGUCCUAGAAUCCGAGUCAAGGGGCCCAAACUGCAGUGACCACAGGCUACAAUUCAAUCUGUUCAUGUCUCCGUUCCCUUACGUGUAGAGUGCAGGAUCAGACCAAGCAAGCCCCAAAGUCUUAUCCAACUCUAACCACAUAUUUUUCUCUGUCUCCUUUAAGAUGACCUUUCUCAGUUGAAGGGUAUCACUAAAUUUCUUUCUCACAGAGAACUGUUGUGUGACGUAAUAAUAGCCUGGCAUCUUCUGUGCUGUCUUUUAAGCUGGAUCAUUAUGGUCCUUCCGUGAAUGGUGCAUUGCAACUUAGUACAAAGGUAAGAAUGAACAUUAUAAAGUUUGCUCUAGGUCCAGCUAAUAAUGAUAUGACGGGAGAGUAUCACUUUUGACAACAUACUAUUUUUUCAAUCCAUUCUAAAAUAUAAGUUGACUUACUUAUUUUUUAAAAAAAUGUUAUCACUGUAGCAUUUAAGAAUGAAGACCAAUAUGUCAUCUGAAGCAGG